AUCAGCUGUGUCCAAUUACAACUGAUCACGAGCUGUCACGCUGACAGAGGAGAGGAGCAGAGAGCCGGUAAUCAGCAUUCCUCGGAGGGGAUAUCUACACUGAUCAUCAAAGCACUGAUGAUCAGUGUGCCCUGAUGAUCAGUGCAGCCCCAGCAGUGCCACCUGUCAGUGCCACAUCAAUGCCACAUAUCAGUGCCCAUCUGAGCUGCCUUUCAGUGUCACCUAUCAAUGCCAAUCAGUGCCACCUAUCAGUGCCAGUCAGUGCUGCCUAUCAG